UUCUACGAAUAUCAAAAUGGCCAAGAAAGCUGGUGCCACUACUGAAGCACCUUACAUUGACGUUGAAAGACAAAGAGUGUACAUCAUGUGGGACGUACCACAUCUCAUCAAGAGCACACGAAAUAUGCUUAAAAAGCAUAAUGCAAUAUUCCAAGACAAAAUUGCUUGUUUUAAAGAUAUAGUUUCCUUGUACAAUAUUGAUUCUAAGUGCAAUCCUCGGUUAGUUCCUCGUUUGAACGAUAAGCAUGUAAUGCUUCCACCUUUCUCUGCAAUGAAUGUUUCGCUAGCUACGAGAACCUUAAGCCAAUCCGUCGCCAAUGGUCUCCGUUAUUACAUGCAAAUCGGUGAACUUUCACCUCAAUGCAUCAAUACCGCUGAGUUUAUAGAGUUUUACGACAAGCUGUUUGAUACCUUCAACAGCAAAAACAACUCUUCUGUGAAACCAUUGAAACAAGCAAUGGAAGAUCAAUCCAUUCACUGGGAUUUUUUACAGCAUGCUAAAACAACAUUAGCUAACAGUAAUUAUACUAGUAACACUUGCUUGGAUAUUACGGAAGCGGUUUCAGGUUCAAAACAACUCACAACUCAUCAACGGCAUCCGAAUUAUAUCAGAGGUUUUAUAAGUAACAUAAACUCUAUCGUGUCUUUGUGGCAAGAACUGCACAAUGAUUAUGGCGCUGAAUCAUUAUUCACAAACUAUCUAUGCCAAGAUUUUCUAGAGAACAUGUUUUCAGAAGUGCGUCGUCGUUGUGGUGGAAAUGAUGCUCCUGAUGCUCAACAGUUUGGAGCAUCGUUCAAGUAUACGAUAAUUGAGUCUAACAUAAAUCACUCCAAUGGAACAAACUGUGAACCAGAUGAUUUAAAACCACUGAUGUGUUUUCUCCGCUAA